UCCGGAACUGGGAGAAAAUUGACUGAGAUCCGAAGGAGAGGCAGAGAGAGAAGGAUUCCAGCUGCUGUUUUUUCCGCUUUUUUCCAGGAACAGAAGGAGGCCGAGGGGUGUCUUCUGGACAGGAUGUCCGAGGGACCGCUCACUUUACCGAUCCUGAUUCGGACCAUCCGGAGUGCCCGGACACAGGCGGAAGAACGGGAAUUGGUGCAACGAGAAAGCGCCAAAAUUAGGAGCGCUUUUCGGGGCGAUGAAUCCGGGAACCGGGUUUCCAAUUUGGCGAAGUUGCUGUACAUCUAUAUGUUGGGCUAUCCUGCCCACUUUGGACAGAUGGAGUGCCUGAAACUCAUCGCCUCUGCCCGACUCCAUGAGAAGCGGAUUGGCUACCUCGGGGCUGCCCUCCUAUUGGACGAGAAGCAGGACACUCACCUUCUCCUGACCAAUAGCAUCAAGAAUGACCUGCUGCAUAGCAACUCCUGGGUGCAAGGAUUGGCACUGAGUACCCUGGGCUCGCUCGGCUCGGCGGCCAUGUUGCAGGAUUUGGCUCAGGAAGUGCAGCAGCUGGCAAAAACCGGGCAGCCCGCCGUACGAAGGAAGGCUGUGGUCUGCGCGGUACAUAUCAUCCGGAAAGUACCCACCUUAGUAGAUAUGUUCACACCACUGGGAGAACAGCUGUUGAAGGAACAAAUUCAGAGCAUCCUGUACAGCACUAUUAUGUUAAUUGCGGAGAUGUGUGAAAAAAGCUUGCAGGCCCUCCAACAUUUCUCCAAGUUUGUUCCUCAGCUGGCCGGAAUAUUGCGCAAUCUGGUGGUAGCUGGAUAUUGUCCGAAUAACACAAUUGGGGGCAUCAGUGAACCUUUCCUCCAGGUGCAGCUCCUCCGGCUCCUCCGGAUUUUAGGACGAGACAACACGGAGGCCAGCGACGCCAUGAACGACUCCUUGGCGCAGGUGGCCACCAACACCGAAACCACACGAAACGUGGGCAACGCCAUCUUGUACGAAACGGUGCUGACCAUCAUGGGGAUACAGUCUACCAGUGGAUUGCGGGUUUUGGCGAUAAAUAUCCUCGGGCGGUUUCUCCUUAACAAGGAUAGGAAUAUCAGAUACGUCGCCCUCACGUCGCUCCAGAAAUUGUUGCAAACGGAAAACAACCCUGUCCAGAGGCACCGAUCCACCAUCCUCGGUUGUCUGACGGAUCCCGACUCGACGGUGAAGAGGAGAGCCCUCCAGCUGAGUUUAUCCCUGAUCAACCACACUAACAUUCGCACAACCACGAAGGAAUUGCUGGCCUUCAUGGAAAGCAGCACACCGGAUCUGAAGUCGGAGUGCGCUUCCGGAUUGUUCCUGGCUGCCGAGAAUUUCGCGCCCAACAAACGGUGGCACAUCGAUACCAUUCUCCAGAUUCUGAUUAUGGCGGGCUCCUACAUCCGGGAUGACGCCGUCCCCAACCUCAUCCACCUGAUUGGAGGUGCAAAGGAGCUUCAUAGUUAUGCUGUGCAUCAGCUGUACGGUGCAGUGAGCCAAGAUAUCUCUCAGCAACCCUUGGUCCAAGUGGCCACCUGGUGCCUUGGCGAAUACGGACACUUCCUUCUCGACGGGAAUUGCGAUGAGGUGGAGCCGCAGCAGGUGGACGCCGAGGACAUGCUGAGCUUGCUGGAACGUGUCCUCCAGUCACAUCUGUCCCUGCCCUCCACCCGGGCCUACGCCCUCACCGCCCUCAUGAAGCUCGGGACGCGCCUCCAGGACGCCGACAUUAACCGGAUUCGGAGUUUGGUUUCGAUUUAUUGUAGCUGCCAUGAUGUGGAACUACAACAGAGAGCCGUGGAAUACAACACCCUUUUCCGAAAAUACGAUCACCUCAGAGCCUCCAUACUGGAAAAGAUGCCGGUGGUGGAGAAAUUUGGGGAUGGCAAGGAAAACCAGGAAACAGACCAGAAUGGAAAUGAGAUUGUUACCCCAAUCGUCCUGCAGGGGGAGCCAUCCACCGAUCCAAAACCCCCAGAACCUAACCAGGUCUUCGAUCUCUUGGACCUCCUUGGAGACCCUGUAGAUACAUCUCCUGCUCCGUCAAAUCCAGCCCAUGCGGGGACAGGAUCUCUUCUCGGCUUGCUUCAAGAUCUAAAGCCUUCAGAGGCCGUUCCCUCCCGCAUGGAGGUUUACAAACAGAACGGGUUGCUGGUGGAGUUUUCGAUGAGCCGGACUCCGGGGGAACCCGCGUUGCUGCUGAUCACGACCACGGUGACCAACACCAAUUCUGGAGACGUGGAGAACUUCUCCAUGCAGGUGGCUGUGCCCAAGUCCUUCCAGGUGGACCUUUCGGCCCCCAGCAGCUCUACAGUCCCAAGCCAGGGAGGGCCCCCCAUCACUCAGAUCAUCCGAGUGUUGAACCCCAAACAGAUCCCUCUCCGGAUGAGGCUACGCUUUUCCUACACGCUGCCUUCCGGGGCUGUUGUACAACACGUCGAAGAACUCAACUCGUUCCCGGAGACUGCGUGGAAGUGAAUAGUAGGUUACUCAAGGAGUAAAGAACUCCUGGAGUAACAGCCGCCGGUGUUUGUGUUUCCCCUUUAAACAUGCGCUUGAAUAAACGUGUACUGUUAUCCCA